AUGGACGCCGGCGGGGGCGGCGUCUUGGCCGCCGUGCUCUGCAUGCUGCUAGUCUUCGCCAUCUUCCCCCUCCUCCUCUGGCGCCGUCGCUCUGAUGCCGCCGCCGAUAACCACCGCGUUCCGCCCCAGCCCCUCCAGGAGGAUCAGGUGCUGCACGGUCGCGCGGCGGCGCGACGGAUGCGUCGGAGGCCUGGGGCUGCCGGAGCAGGCUCCUCCUCUGCCGCGUCAACCAGCCGCAAUGUUGUAGAGGACGACGCGGAGAGUGAUGAGGAGGAGGUCCCCGAAGGUCGCAACGUCCCCAGAUCCUCCAAAAAGGAGAAGAAGAGGCAAGAGCGAGAGGCGCAGCGUCAGGCUGAAGAAGCUGCACGGGAUUCAAGGAGGAGUAAACAAGACCGAUACGAUGAAAUGAGGAGGAAGAAGGAUGAGGAGCGUGAGGCACAAGAGAGGCAAUUGGAAGAAGAAGCUAGGGCACGGAAAGCAAAGGAGGAGGCUGCUGCUGCUUUAGAGUUUGAGAAAUGGAAAGGGGCCUUUUCUGUUGAUGCUGAAGGUACAACAGAGAGUGAGACGCAAGAUGAUGGUCAGGGUUUGCUCCACAACUUUGUGGAAUACAUCAAGAAGCAGAAGUGUGUUCCCCUAGAGGACCUAGCUGCAGAGUUCAGGAUGCGAACCCAGGACUGUAUCAAUCGAAUUGUCACUCUGGAAAGCAUGGAUAGGUUAUCUGGUGUGAUGGAUGACCGUGGGAAGUUCAUCUACAUCUCCACUGAAGAGAUGAAGGCAGUUGCAGAGUACAUCAGGAAACAAGGGAGAGUGAGCAUAUCACAUCUGGCUAACAACUCAAACCAGUUUAUCGAUUUGGAGCCGAAGGCCCAGUACGAGGAGGAGAGCCAGCAAGAUGACGGUGCAGCAGCAGGCACAGAACCAUGA